GACAACGCAACGCGUCGUCCGGCCCCCGGUGCUUGGACGCUGCCGGCGACCGUGGCACGUGGAGUUCUGGUUGCGCUCCGUCCCUAGCCUUGCCUGGCUGGUGCCGGACUUCUGGAUGCAGUGACGGGGCACCGAGAGUAUCUGUGUGCGGAAGCGAACGGACGGAGGCCCUGGUGAAGGCCGCAUAGCCUGAGAUCGCGGCGCCGACCUUUCCGUGAGCGGGAGGCCCAGGCACACGCUUCGAGUCGCGGCACAAUGGGGCCGAGAAAAAAUACAAAGAGAGUUCCAAAUUUUCGAAGGCUGCUGAAAACAAGUAACGUUAAGCUUGCAAAUAAACUGAAAAAUAAGCAAUAUAAGCAGGAAAAUGUGGCAAAGAAACACAGGAAAGAACUGAAGCAACUUCGGCAGGCUGCUCGAGAUGUUUCAGCUAAAGUACCAAGGCCAUUGGACCAGCCGAAAAGGAAAAGACCAGAUGAAGAGGAAGAAAUGGAUGAGGACCAUCUUCCUUUAGAUAUGUUGGAUGAGGACGACUUGGAAUAUAUGCAAAGUAUGGGUCAGAGUGCAUUUUUUCUCUCCAGAGAUCUUAAUUCAAGUGAACCCAUCCAUGUCAAAAGGAGAAAAAAUGAAAAUAAGGUAGCGCAGUACGAGAAAGUGCCAAGACACUUGGAUACUGAACCUAAUAAAGAACUUAUCCACUUACUGCCUUUUAAAGAUAAAGGAGGUAUCAUUCCUCGCUCAGUAGAAAAGCCUGUUGCAAUGGAGGAGGAGGAAGAAGAGGAAGAAACGACUGAUGUAGUUCAACAGCAUGAGGAAGUUGCUGCAGUGCAGCCUCUUCAAAUGUUGACCACAGAGGAGAGAUUGCUGCUGAGAAGGAAGACUUUGGAAGAUAAAAAGAUUCGCAUUGCCAGUUUGGCCUCGUCAAUUUUGACUGCACCAGAAAACAAUAUUAAACAGUUGAAGGAGCUACGUUCAAUGUUAAUGGAAACUGAUCCGCAUGUUGCAGUAACAGUGAGAAAAUUAGUGAUGGUUUCUUUGUUAGAGGUCUUCAAAGAUAUCACACCAUCAUACAGGAUACGGCCUUUAACUGAAGUUGAGAAGACAGCAAAGGUUAAAAAAGAAACACAGCAAUUAAGAGAAUUUGAAGAAGGCUUAGUGUGUCAGUACAAGUUUUAUUUGGAAAAUCUAGAACAGACUGUUAAAGACUGGAAGCAGAUGAAGAAAAAGAAAAGUAAUGUUGUUUCGUUAAAAGCAUAUAAAGGCCUUGCAGAAGUGGCUAUCAAAUGUCUCUGUGAUUUGCUGGUGGCCUUACAACAUUUUAACUUCCAUAACAACAUUGCUGUGAUGAUUGUGCCACUUAUGAAUGACACCUCAAGGAAGAUUUCAGGGAUGUGUUGUGAAGCCGUGGAAAAUCUUUUUAAGCAGGACAAAAUUGGUCAAGCUUCACUUUGUGUGGUCAAACUAAUUUCUGGUCUUGUUAAAAGUAGAAGCUAUGAGCUCAGACCAGAGGUGCUGAAAACAUUUCUUACUUUGCGGAUUAAAGAAGUGGAAGUUAAAAAAGAUUCAGAAGACAUUGCCCCUAAAAAAAGAUUUCUGACAUGUAAAGAAAAGAGAAAAAAUCUGUCCAGGAUGCAGAGAAAGUGGAAAAAAGCAGAGGAGAAACUUGAGAAAGAACUUCUAGAAACAGAAGCUGCAGAAAGUAAAGACCGAAAACUAAAAUUGCACACUGAGAUCCUAAAUAUUGUCUUCUUGACGUACUUCAGAAUCCUGAAGAAAGCUCAGAAAUCUGUUGUUCUCCCUGCAGUUCUGGAGGGCCUUGCCAAAUUUGCACAUCUCAUUAAUGUGGAAUUCUUUGAUGAUCUUCUGGUAGUACUAUAUUCUCUCAUUGACUCUGGGAGCCUUAGUUACAGAGAGCGUCUUCACUGCAUUCAAGCUGCCUUUCGCAUUCUUUCUGGUCAAGGUGAUGUGCUGAAUAUUGACCCUAUGAAAUUCUACACUCACCUUUACAAAAUGUUAUUCGCACUACAUGCUGGAAACACAAAUGAAGAAGUUUUGAUUCUACUGCAGUGUCUGGAUAUGAUGCUGACAAAACGCAGGAAGCAAGUUUCUCUGCAACGUGCAUUGGCUUAUAUUAAACGACUAACUACUCUGGCACUUAAUGUUCUACCCAAUUCUGCCAUUGGUAUCUUAGCAACUAACGGAGUGUUAUUGAAUUCAUUUCCAAAGACGGAUAUUUUGCUGGAUAGUGAAUCUCAAGGUAGUGGACUUUAUCUGCCAGAGCUUGAUGAGCCAGAAUACUGCAAUGCACAGAGCACGGCUCUGUGGGAGCUGCAUUAUCUCCAGAGACACUUUCAUCCAGUGGUGCAGAGGUUUGCAGCCUAUCUUAGUGUGGGUGCACCACUAGAAGGCUCUGGAGCCUUGAGGGCAGAACUAAACAGAAGACAUGCUACUGAGCUUUUUGAAGAGUUCAGCAUGAAAACAAUGACCUUCAAUCCUCCAAUCGCAUCUAUUACAUCAAACAAGAAGAAGUCAGCAAUGCAGGAUGGAUUCCUUGAUUCAGAGUUACAAAGUCAAAUAAAUCAGCUUCUUGGAAAUCCUUCCAACAUUGAUGAUCUCAAAUUUGCUGAAGAUUUGCAAACGCAGUAAUACACAUAAUGGUAACUACUAAACAAAGAUUACAAGCAUAAUUUGCAAUGCUGAAGAUGGAAGUGUGCUUUGUGUUCUAGGUAAUUCAUGGCAUCCAUGGUGAAUGUAUAUAUGUAAACUUGUGAAUCUAAAGUAAUUCAGAUGAAAUAGAAAGAAUAUCAGGUUACAUGUAUAAACUAAAUUAUAUGGAAAUUUUAGCUUUAUUUUUAUUGGACAGGUACAGUAUAAUUGUGACAAAAAAUACUUGAAAUUUAUAUAGAUUAGUAUAAAAUUUCUUGCCUUUAAAAUAACAGUAACAUGCCAACAUGGACUGUAAACUUUGAGACUGUAAAUAUUGAGAUUACUUUCAUAAUAAAUAUUUGACAUAAUCUUGAGCAAUAUUAUUUUCUAUGCUCUGACAUCCUAAUGAUCUGAAAACCACUAAUAUAAUCUUGUUCUUUAUCCUAGCUUGAAACUUAUCGUUUUAUGCUUCACUGCAGAAAUCACUUUUCAAAAUUGCAAAAUGGAUAAUUUACCUAACUUAGAAUCUUUCUAUUCCAAUUUUGACUUCAGUCAUAAAAUAGUUAUUCUCCAAUAAUCAUUUCUUCUAAGUUUACUUUCAGACAUCCCACCUCUCCCGGAAGUUCUGCGAGUCUCCCGCAUAUUAAUAGUGGCUCCCUGAUGCCCGCAAAUUAUAUACAAUAUCCCUGAAAUCAAUUUUUUUGAGAGUGAGAGGGCGAGAGCGUGCUAGAGAGUCCGAGCACAAGAGCAAUCACGAGAGAGAGAGAGCGCGCGCGCCAUGGGGCAGUGUUCCAAAAAAAGAAAAUAUAAAACAUACGUCACCCCAGACUAUCCUAAAGUGUACCCCUGCCUAAUAGGGGUCAAAAAUAAUGACAGUGUUGCUCACUGCAUUGUUUGCAAUAGUGACUUUUCUAUUGCCCAUGAUGGGUUAAGACUGUGUCAAAGACAUGUUGAGGUGAGUUUAACAGGUGUCAUUUGUUCAUUAGCAUAGCUAACGUUAUUUAAACUAGCUGGCUAGCUGCUGAGGAGCUACUCUAUUGCAGACAACCCACUUCUCCUGGAAGUUCCGGGAGUCUCCCACAAAUUGAUGGUGCCACCUCCCGAAAUGAGUUUUUGCAGGGUGGGAUGUCUGUACUUUAUGCAAGAUUGGUUACAUCACAAAUUUGGAGUACAAUUAGGUGCUUAUUGUUUAAUGGUGAGAAACACUUGUACAAAAGCAAAUAAAUAGCAAUAAAUUGAAAAUGCUCCUUUGUAAAUGUUACUGAUGGGUGAAAGUAACUGCAAUACUUCAUGUUUUGCUAUAACAGCUCUGUAAAGGCAUGCUGUAUAUUAAUUGCUGUCCAGAAUAUUUUAAGAAAUGACAGCUGAUGAUGCUGUGUA